GUGGCAGGUGGGGCAGGAGCACGGGAGCCUUCUCAGGGCAAAGGAGAGAUCUCCCAUGCAGGAGAUGAAUUAAAAUGCAGCACACCACGUGCACGGAGGACAGGAUCUACCAUGCAUUGGAGAGAUGUCUGCACGGGCUUAGCAGAGAUGCUGUCUCCAGCAGAUGGGCUGCAGGGCUGUGCCUGAACUGCUGGAGCCUGCAGGAGCUGGUGAGCAGGGAUGCUGGCAACUACCUCAUCCUGGUGGAGAAAAUCCUCGGCAAGGCCAGGGAGGUGCAGGAGAGGUGUGACUACGACCUGGUGAUGCCCCUGGCCCUGCUUUUCUACUACGCCGUCCUCUAUGCUCCUCACAUCCCACCAGACUCCGAGCUGCUCCUGAAAGCUGCCAGCGUCUACCACAGCUUCCUCACCUGGCCCGUGCCCUACUGCGAUGUUUUCCGUGAGCUGCUCACUUUCAUCAGUGAUGAGCUCAAGGCACCAGGGAUUUCCUUCCAGAGGUUGGUGAGGAUGGAGCAGGGGCUGCCUGUGAAGAACUACCAGAGCUCCACUGUGACGGUGCUGCUGCUGAACCGCUCCGAGGUGCAGAGCGAAUUCCUCUCCAUCGCAGAGAAGCUGAGCGGCACUGAGCCGCCCCGGCACGCUGCGCUCAUCCUGCUGCUGGAGCACCUCUACCAGGUCACCUUCGGCACCCGCUGCAACCUGGGCAGCCUGCGCUGCCUCCUGAAGGCCAAGACAUUGGAGGAGCUCUCUGAGAUCUACGCCAGUGCUGCUGAAGCUCAGGAGGUCGCAGCUGCCAGCAGUGACCCCAUGCUGGCCCGGGAGCGGCUGCAGAGCGUUCUGCAGGACAUUGCUGGGGCAGCUGCGCUUCCUGUCAUUGGAGGAGAUGCGCAGCCCCGCAGGCUGCAGCCCAUCCCCAUCCCUACUUCACGCUGCUAUGCUUACAGCUGGGACCAGGAUAACUUUGAUGUCCUCAAUGAUGUCCUCAGCAAGGAGUGCAGCAUUGUUGAGCCUGUGGCCUCAGAGAAUGAGGAGGACGAGGAAGAGGAAGAGGAGGAUGUGGAAACAGAUGGCUGUUCCCCAGAGAGGGACUCGCUGCUGUCCCCCAUCUCCUCCAUUUCCAAAGACUCUGUGUACUCAGCGCUGUCAGAAGAGGGACCCAAGCCCUCCCGCGUGUCCCUCUUCAGCAGCUCCAAGGACUCCAUCUCAGAGCUGACAGUGGUCUCCAAAAAGUCCUUGCGGUCUUUUGUCUCCAGCCUGAAGGACUGCAUGGACAGCGGGUACGCAGAGGACAGCGACGAGAGCUCCCUGGACAUGGUUGGGCGGCCGGAGCUGAAGAUGGAGAGGACCCACCACAAAUACAGACACACGCUGACCAACAAAAUCUACAAACUUUUCAAGAGCAAAAGCCAGCUGGUCCUCAGGAGAGACCUGAAGGACUGUGCAGAUAGGGGCUCGCUCCCACUGCGCCGUGCUGAGAGCCUGUGCCACCCCCCGGCCAAGCCCCGCAUCCCGGCACGCUCCCGGCGCGCUCACUCGUUGCCGCAGCACGGGCUGGGCCAGAGGCUGCAGACCCCGCAGACCCCACAGCUGCCCAGCCUGCCCCGCCGGCCCUUCCUCAGCUAUGACGAGGAUGCCAAAGUGGCCACCAUGCGUGUGGUGGUCUUCGGCUCCGACCGCAUCUCAGGGAAAGUAGCCCGAGCCUACAGCAACCUGAGGCUGAAGGAGAGCACCUGCCCUACACUGACAAGGUACUUCAAGCUGCAGUUUUUUUAUGUCCCCGUGAAGAGGAGCUGCCCCUUUCCAACGGCCCUGCUGAUGCAUCCUCCUCCAUCCCCAAGCGACCUGCAGCUCCGCGCCUCAGCACAGGUGGAGCCCACCUCAGCUGGGGCGGAGAGCAGCACCAACGACAUCUCCCACUACAUCGGCAUGUUGGACCCAUGGUACGAGCGGAACGUUCUGGGGCUGAUGAACCUGCCCAUGGAUGUCCUGUGUCAGUCUGCCAAGCCUGAGGCUGAGCCCCAGGAGGACUCCCGGGAGCAGCUGCCCAUCCUGGCCGACAUGAUCCUCUACUACUGCCGCUUUGCCACGCGCCCCGUCCUGCUGCAGCUCUACCAGACCGAGCUCACCUUCAUAGGGGGGGAGAAGAUGACCGAAGUCUUCAUCCACUCCCUGGAGCUGGGUCACUCGGCGGCCACACGGGCCAUCAAGGCGUCAGGUCCGGGCAGCAAAAGGCUGGGCAUAGAUGGAGACAGAGAAGCAAUCCCACUAACACUACAGAUCGCCUACAGCAAGACAGCCAUCAGUGGAAGGAGUCAGUGGAACGAUGUUGAGAAGGUCUGCACAUCUGUUAACCUCAGCAAAGCCUGCAAGAAGUACGAAGAGCUGGCCUCAAAGACGGAGUGUCUCAACUUGACCAUGACGGAGGUGGUUAAAAGGCAAAACUCCAAAUCCAAAAAAAGUUUCAAUCAGCAGCUCAGCGUGUCCCAGAUUAAGGUAGACAAGGUCCAGAUUAUUGGUGUCCAGUCCUCCUUCGCCGUGUGCUUGGAUCAGGACGAGCAGAAGAUCCUGCAGAGUGUAACCAGGUGUGAGAUCUCUGUGUGCUACAGACCAAGGGACACUGACCCUCUUGCACUGAGAAGGUCCUCUUUGACUCCCCAGGACCCCUCUGAGUUUCAUUCUCUCCUGUGUUUACCCAUUUCCACCUUCAGUGGAGCGUUGCCAUAGAAGAAUCCUGUGCUCUCAUUGGACCAGACAUGCAUCCAACACCAAAAUGAAGCUGUCCUGCUGGAGACCAGCCACUUUUGUCCAAGACAUCCUGCAGUCUGAAGCCAUAGUGUGGUGAUUGAACUGCUCCUGAUGUGAGCUGAGCCCAUCCUUGGGAAAUGAUGUUAGUGUCAGGCUCCGGUACAGCUCAGGAUUCCCUGGGAGGAAAGUGAGAUCUCUACCUGGUUGAGCAGGCUGCCAACACCAAUCUCAGAGGACAAGGCAAGGACAGCGACGUUUUCCUGCCAGCAAAUGGUGCUGUGGCCAUACUUAGUGACUGCAAAGCCCAUGUGAUGCUGGGGAGAAUGCAUUCUGGAAAGUGAAUGUCUUUGGCUGAGUGGUGGCAGGUGGAGCAGAUGCAUGUGGAGUUGAAAACCACGCAGCCAAUGUUCUGAUGACAUUUCACUUGCAAUAAGCCAGUGAUGCUGGGGAUGGUUCUCUGGGGGUAGGCACAGGCUUUCUCAGGGUUUGCUUUAAAUUAUGAGAGAUGGGUGCAGAGAAACAGCACAAUGCAGAAUGACCCAGCUGGGGCCCGGAAAGAGCCCAGUAUGAAUUAUGGACUGCUCUUUGUGUUCCAGCGAAUCCAGUGCAAUAGGCCAUACCAGGGCAUGGGCAGCUCAUCACACAUAUGUGUUAGCUGUAAAUCCAGGACCUGCAGGAGAUAACCUUCCACUUCUUGCAGAGCUCCAGAGUUCAUCCAGGAGGGAGAUGGAGUUGCUGUUCAGCUGGUGUUCUUGCAUCCUGCUCACCAGUGCAUGAGUGCUAGAGACAUCCCAGAGGCUGAAUGCUCUAUAGGUGCUUGAGAUAGAGCAUAAACCAUGUUCGUGCUCAUAGGAGGGAGGGGAGUACUGGGUAAAGUGCUAGGAUUGCCUUGCCUCACCUCAGGGUGUGGCUUUGGUGGAGAAGGACCCAGCACCAAUAACACUAGUGAUGCUUGCAGGCAAUGAUAGGCUCUGAGAUCCCCUCUCCCCUGCAAAGAGAGGUUCCCCCCCACCCCCC